AUGGCCCAUCAUGUCGGGUCCCUAGUGCUGCUUGCACAUGGUGACCAAGUCCACUUCGAAUCCAAGAAGCGAGUUGUCGGUGUCCUUCCCGUGCAAUUUGAUCGCCCUGAUCGAGGCCUAAUGAGUGUGCGGCAGCAGUAUUUGCCAUUCAAUUGCGAUCUUUGGGAUCUUGUCGCCGCUUUGUUUGCACGCUGCGGAAGUAGCCGUGAAAUGAAAUGUGAGACAAAGUUCUGCGAACACAUGAUGUUUACUAGGAAACUCUUCAUGAACCAGAUCAAAUGCGUCGGAGUCGAGGGUCGUGGACUUGGACUUAGGCUUGGAUCGCUCACUGGCCUAAUACGACGUGGUAACUGCUGGUAUGCUCAGGAAACACCCGAAAAUCCUGGCAGGGUUGUCACAGCGCGAGAGAAUGACUGGGAAGCCUACAAGCUUAAAAGCCAAACAGAAAACGCUAUCAGACAUGCCGCAAAUCAGCCGGAGCUUAGAAGGCUCAGACCCAGGCGGGGGAUCGCGGUCGCGACAAAACAUAUGAAUGUUGAUGAUGAUCUGGUGGAGACGGUGAACGUUAAUCUUGAACCUUCUCCUUCGUUGCAUGCCACUACUACUGGGGCAAGAGUCAAGACUACUCCCCGGAGCGCGACCUAUGAGCUCAAUCUCAUUGACCCUAAAUUACACACAAGAACAUGUCUCCUCCAGUCUCAGAACAUACGUGCGGCGUGCCCUGAAAGAGGAACAUCGCGUCUAGGUUUCGGCUUAUUAUCUAUGAACUCAGCAGCAUCGGAGCCAUCUCAGAACAUUUAUACCCUGGAGAGGAACAUCGUGUCUUGUGUCUGCUUUACAAUUGCAUUCGACGGCAAUCUGGACUGCUUCAAGAUCUAUGAACUUGGCGCCGCCAAGGUCCUAGGAACGAUCACUUUUCGCAAGCAAGGUUCAACUUGA